UUUGCGGCUCGUAAGUGACGAGUCAUUCACAAGUUUCACCCCCCCACGAGAGGACCUCGAGGCGGCUGCCGCGCUUCUGAAGCUUCCAUGCACCCACGCAGAAACUUUUGCGGAUUGAACGCCCUAGAGCAACUAUAUAGACGUAGGCCGAGUCAGACUCACGAGACAUAGACUUUUCGCGACUGCAACUACCGUACUCAAUCCGCCAUGACCUCCGCGGGACAGCUAAUCUAUUGCGGCAUUAUGCCACUGCUCAAAACCUAUAUUGCCAUUGCUGUUGGCUAUUUUCUUGCUCGGAGAGGUCUGUUCUCGGCGGACGCUUCCAAAGGAGCUUCGCAGGUUUCCAUGAACAUCUCUCUUCCGGCUCUGAUAUUUGCAAAUGUCGUCCCUGCAUUCACGUCUUCCAACAUCUCCGCCCUUGGUCCACUGUUCUUGACCGCGUUCAGUUACCUUGGCAUAGGAUUCUCUUUUGGACUGAUCAUCCGAGAAGUCUUCUACGUUCCGCGCAAUUUCUGGCAGGGUAUCGUUGUUCUAUGCGGCAUGAGCAACUGGGGUAACCUACCCAACGCUAUUGUAUCGUCUAUCAUGACAGAGUCUCCGUUCAACCCGAGCACUGAUCCUGAAUUGGGAGUGUCAUAUGUCGCCAUCUUUAUCGUGUCAUACCACCUUGUGUUUUGGGUGGCCGGUGCUGCUCGCUCUCUUGCUUGGGACUACUUGCCAGGCGUUCCUCAGGGAGCAGAGGCAGAACGACAUUACUCGUGGAAGGAGAAGCCCAUAGGAGGCCUCAUCGCACGUUAUAUUCUGCGCAUACCGGCACCACCGAGAGCAUCCUUCUCAGACCUCGAAAAGGUGAACAUCGAAUCGAGCGUCGAGAAAGGCGAACUCAAGCUCACGAAGUCGGAGACGGACGAUGCACGAGACGUUGAGCGACAGCUGGACGACAUUGCCUAUGAUAACGACCCCGAUAUUCAGCUGGCCCGACGCACGUCGCGUCUCUCUGCGACGACGUAUCGCUCCAGACAGCCCUCUGCCUUUCGCGGUGUUCUAUCUUCACCGAUCCCGCCGGCUCCCCCAUCAUCGCCGGCACCGGAGUCCAUCGAAACAGUCACCAGCGACAUACCUCCACCACCGUUCCUCCAACGAUUGAAGAAGACACUGCGGCCUCUGUCUGCUGCGAUCACUCCCAUCACCUGCUCGCUGGCCAUUUCGCUCCCUAUCGCGCUGAUCCCGGAUCUCAAAGCAUUGUUCACGCCUGUCAAAGGAGGACCGAGUUGGAAGGGGCCGGACGGAGAGCCACCGUUGUACUUCAUCAUGCAAACAGCUGAGUUCCUGGGGACUAUGGCAGUCCCGCUAUCUCUGAUCAUUCUCGGUGCUUCCUUCGCGCGACUCAAGGUUCCCCGGCCCUUCUCUCGCCUGCCGAUCAUGGCUAUGAUCGCUGCAACAGUCGCGAAGAUGGUAGUGCUUCCCGUGAUUGGCGUGUUCAUGGUGCAGGCGAUGGUGAAGGGCGGGCUGAUUGCCAAGGAAGCGCUGGCUGAGCGGUUUGUUGCAAUGUUUCUCAGUGGUACUCCCGCGGCGGUCAACCAGUUCAUAGUGUCUAACUUGUAUUCAACAACAGGGGACGUUGAUACGCUCUCGGCGUUCUUGCUCGUUCAAUACAUGGGCAUGUUCUUCUGUUCAGCUGCUCUAACGGCUGUAUCACUGCUGUUAUUGUGAUGUUCGCUUUUCAAGUGCUCUCUGUGUAUAUAUUCGUAGAUUGUAUGCUCUUGUAGUUAUCCGAUUCCACUGACCGUUCGGCUAUUCGCACCGAGCUGACGGUUAGGGUAAGAGCGAUGGGACAUCCUCGUGAAUAUAAGUUAUUUGGUUCGUAAUAUGUCUAUUGGUAAAGCGAAUGAACAGUUGGUACUUCUAUCGAAUUCUACGCCUCCCUAUUUAAACCUUCUACACUGCAAUGAGCUGGGACAAGGCCAUAUCGACCGGCGCGGUGGGGAGUUCAGACAAAAGAGCGGAAAGGGUGUCCGCCGCAACAGGCUCGUAUGGGUCGUAAUCGUCGCGUUUCCGAUCCAGCUCGUCCAUGUACCCUGCAGCCCCGGACAUCCACGCAACCUUGCAGCACGCAGCAUGUAGUUUCAAGAGCCGGGGAUCAGGCAAGUCAAACCUCUCAUCAGUCGUCUUGAACUGAACUUCGCGA